UUUCUUUCCUUUCCUUCUCGUUCCGAGCCGUAACUCUCGCGAGAGCUCGAGCAGGCGGCAGGCCGGGGCGACAAGAUGGCGGCUACGACGACUAUCUCUCUGGGGACAGAGUCCAUAAAGAUGGAAAAUGGACAAAGCACAGCAGCCAAACUGGGACUUCCUCCUCUCACCCCAGAACAGCAGGAAGCUCUUCAGAAGGCCAAGAAGUAUGCGAUGGAGCAGAGCAUCAAGAGCGUACUGGUAAAGCAAACCAUCGCCCAUCAGCAACAGCAGCUCACCAACCUGCAGAUGGCAGCAGUGACAAUGGGCUUUGGAGAUCCUCUCUCACCUUUACAAUCGAUGGCAGCUCAGAGGCAGCGAGCCCUGGCCAUCAUGUGUCGUGUGUAUGUGGGCUCCAUAUACUACGAACUGGGAGAGGACACCAUUCGCCAGGCCUUUGCGCCGUUUGGACCUAUCAAGAGCAUUGACAUGUCCUGGGACUCUGUUACAAUGAAACACAAGGGCUUUGCUUUUGUGGAAUACGAGGUGCCUGAAGCUGCGCAGCUGGCCUUGGAACAGAUGAAUUCUGUCAUGCUUGGGGGAAGAAACAUAAAGGUUGGAAGACCUAGCAAUAUUGGGCAGGCACAACCAAUCAUAGACCAGCUAGCAGAGGAGGCACGAGCUUUCAACCGUAUCUACGUGGCAUCUGUUCACCAGGACCUUUCGGAUGACGACAUCAAGAGUGUGUUUGAGGCCUUUGGGAAGAUUAAAUCCUGCACGCUAGCCAGGGAUCCCACAACAGGGAAGCACAAAGGCUACGGCUUCAUUGAGUAUGAGAAGGCACAGUCUUCCCAGGAUGCGGUCUCAUCCAUGAACCUCUUUGAUCUGGGCGGCCAGUAUCUACGGGUUGGCAAAGCAGUCACUCCUCCAAUGCCUCUCCUGACCCCUGCUACACCAGGAGGAUUACCGCCAGCAGCAGCUGUGGCGGCGGCAGCUGCCACAGCCAAGAUCACAGCUCAGGAGGCGGUGGCAGGAGCUGCAGUCCUUGGCUCUUUGGCAACUCCUGGGUUGGUGUCACCAGCUCUGACCCUGGCUCAGCCUUUGGGUGCGCUGCCACAGGCUGUGAUGGCCGCCCAAGCACCAGGAGUCAUUACAGGUGUGACUCCCGCUCGGCCUCCCAUUCCAGUCACCAUUCCACAGGUGGGCGUAGUGAAUCCUAUCCUGGCAAGUCCCCCAGCACUGGGCCUGAUGGAGGUCAAGAAGGAGAAGGAGGAGGAGGAGGUCUUCCAGGAGUCAGAGAGGCCAGAGAUGCUGAGUGAACAAGAGCACAUGAGCAUAUCAGGCAGCAGUGCCCGCCACAUGGUGAUGCAGAAACUGCUUCGCAAGCAGGAGUCAACUGUGAUGGUGCUGCGCAACAUGGUGGAUCCAAAGGACAUUGAUGAUGACCUGGAGGGAGAAGUGACUGAAGAGUGUGGCAAAUUUGGGGCUGUGAACAGGGUCAUCAUCUAUCAGGAGAAGCAGGGCGAGGAGGAGGACGCUGAGAUCAUCGUUAAGAUCUUUGUGGAGUUCUCCAUGGCCUCUGAGACUCACAAAGCCAUUCAAGCCCUGAAUGGGCGCUGGUUUGCUGGAAGAAAGGUGGUGGCAGAGGUGUAUGACCAGGAGAGAUUUGAUAACAGUGACCUGUCAGCAUGAACUCUGCUCGAGAGACUUCUCCCCUGCCCCCUUUGUUUUUUAGCCAUGUGUAAGGAACGCUCCAGGGUGGGCGCAGAUCUCUGUGAUGUAUGUGUAGUUUGGAUAAAAGUUCGAAGAAAG